AUGGAAGGCAUGCAGAACAUUGCAAUGGAGUACAUCUUCGACGACUCCAACAUCAACAAUGAUCUUGAAUCACAGAACAUCUCGGAUCGCAAGGAGUUUGUUGCCCUUGACCUCCACGCCAAAAAAAAAUUUUACAAAGGCAGCCGCAGGUAUUUGGGCAAGUAUGUUGUCAAGCGUUUUUUCAAGAAGGAUUACCUUGGCCUGGUGACCGGCGUCUUGCCCGGAAAUGCAACUGAGCCCCCGCUCUACCGCAUCAUCUAUCAUGAUGGCGACAGCGAGGACUUGGAGGAGAACGAGAUGAGAAGCUUUUUGUUGCGCAAGCCUAUCAAACAGCAGCACAAACAGUUUCGCAGCAACGUGUUGCACUUCUUCAACCUCUGGAGCAGAAAGCAUAGGCUGUCCAUGAAAAUGAAGUUGGCUGCGCGAGGUCAACCAAGCUCGACCUCCUUUGCAGCCCCAAGAACGGUCGAAAACCAAGACGACAAUACAGCCUCCGUCCAUGACAUCAUCAAGCAGAGUUUGAUCGAGUCAUGGUUGAGCGAUUUUUCGGGUAAAGGCUCGACGGCGAGCACAACGAUGAGGGGCUCUAUCAAGAAGCGUCGAGAGAGUGAGGCAACAGGCUCUGAAGCAGCUGGAGCCGGAGUUGCCUUGGCUCUUGGUGACUCAGUUGAUCCAUCGCAACCACAGGAUGGGAGCGGAUCGAAGACAAGGAAAGAGACUGAGAACCGUGAGAGCGAGGACACCUCUUCCCCGGAAAGCGAGAGCAGCGGAUCCAACGCGUCAAAUCCUGCGGAGACGCAAACUGUCUCGACGGCUGACAGCAUCAUCAAGGAGCUUGAGGGUUUGCCGUGCAUUCAACAUGAUGUGAUGAAGCACGGCUACUGCUUCAAGAUGCCCAAUUCCCUUGACGACGGAACCUUCGUCAUCGUUUAUGAGGACGAGAUGGAGGACCUAAUCAGGACGAAGAAAUUGACCAUGUCACGUCAGGAGAGGGCAUCUCACAUGUCAAACUUGAUGAGCAAGAGCGACGUCGAUGAACGUGACAUCGAAAUUUUCAAGAACAUAUGUCUUGACUUGGCAUUCGUUGCCCAACGGAGAGGAGAAGGAGUGGUCUGCUCGGCGCUCAAAGAGUCGAUGCCAUCGGAAUCGGCACCUGCAGGGUCAUCCUUUCAAAACCGGCCUCGGACAUCAACAGUUGCCGCUGACCCACCAGCGGGUCUGCGUGGGGUCACGGAGGGUGCAGAAGCUGGUAAGAGACACCCUCAGCUGCCGACAGAGACAAGCAAUGAUCAGUCGAGGCUCUUCAAUGUACGGCCGGAAGGAGAGAUGAGAAGAAAUGGGGAUGAACAGGAUACUGAAGAGGAGGAAGAGGGGCAAGCGGACCAGCAGCAGGUGCUCUACUCCACACAACCCCGGGUAAUGAACUUGCGGCAGGACGAAGUGGAAGAGAAAACGAAAAGGCAAAAUGAGCUUCAGCAGGAGCUGCAGGAACGCGACGAGGAGAAAGUGGAGGUGGAGAUGGAGAUAGUUGAGGAGACAUACAUCAAAGAGCAUGAGCAUGACGGGACGGUAGUGCAGGUCAACGUUGUGAACAGGACGAAUGACAGGGCUGAAAGCAUGCAGACAAAAGAGGCUGAAAGCGAGCAGGAAGAGGAUAGGGGCGAGGAGGAGGAGGAAGGGGACAUCGAGGAUGGGGACAGCCAGGACGAGGAUGGGAACAGCCAGGACGAGGAGAAGGACAGCCAGGACGAGGAGAUGCAGGCUGGAGGCAAUGAGGAGGAGGAGGCUGGAGGCGAGGAGGAGGAGGAGGAGGAGGAGGAGGAGGAGACUGACGUCCAGCAGCAGCACGAGGGUCAAACGAGGCUUUUGGCAAGGCAGGGCUGCGUGACAGAGAUGAACCAAAGGAAGAGGAGACGAGAAGAGAUAAGCCAAGAAAAUGGAAGCGAUGAAGAAAGCCCGCUGAUCAGGAGGAUCAACAGGCCCCGGCAUUCGCCAGAGAGUAUGCAAGAGCGUUGGAGUGAGCAACUGGGGAUGGAUUCUAGUCAGGACAACCAGGAGCUGCCAUACAGGUCCAUGACGUUGGAAAACUUCAUUAUCGUGGUCCUCAAGAAGACUCUGAAGGAGAGAGACUUGGACAUGAUCACGAUCCCGGAGCGCUUGUGGAGGCAAAUUCAGAAGCUCUGCACCGAUGAGUUGGAAUGCAUCUUGCAAUUCGCCACGGCCUUCCAUGAGAAAAUGAUCGAUGUUUCAGCGCACCAGGAAAAUAGCGUGUGGUUCAAGCUGUCUCAGAGGCAGGGCAAGUGCAGGAGGAACGCCAGGAAGCUCAGCAGCUCCCGGAGGCAGGGCAAGUGCAGGAGGAACGCCAAGACGCUCAGCAGCUCCCAGAGGCAGGGCAAGUGCAGGAGGAACGCCAAGACGCUCAGCAGCUCCCAGAGGCAGGGCAAGUGCAGGAGGAACGCCAAGACGCUCAGCAGCUCCCAGAGGCAGGGCAAGUGCAGGAGGAACGCCAAGACGCUCAGCAGCUCCCAGAGGCAGGGCAAGUGCAGGAGGAACGCCAGGAUGCAGGCCCGGGCUCAGAAGCAGUUCAGCGGUCAGAGGCAUGUAAGCACCUUGAGAGCAGCCGUCCAGCUUUCAGUGUUGCUUUCCGUCUCGUUGGUAUCUCUAAAGAUACUCGUGACGUUGAUUCAUUUUUGUCAAGUAAAAUCGUGUGUUGGUGUGUAA